AUGGACAUUGAGCGCGAUAUCCUUCCUCUUUCUCAUCCCUCGUGUUUAGCUGUCCUUCCCAUUAAUACCUCUGGGAACGCUCUUCCACAAACGCCUUUUUAUCCACAAACAAACUCCCCCCAACUUCCAGAGAUCGUCGCUAAGUGUGGUGGUUUUCAAAUGGACGACUGCGUGGGAACUGACGGACGGUUCUCGAUCACACCCGAUGAGACAACAAACAUCGACCCAUUUAGCGAAUUCCAGGCCAUCGAAGAACAAUAUAAUCAUUGGAAAACCAACUUCCCAGUGGUCGAGCCAGGUGCAAGCGUUUUAUCCAAUACAUCCCAGACUCAGUCACCAUCAGAGUGUUCAUCUCAUUGGGGCACUUUCAAAGUUGAUCCUCCAAGUCCGGAAUGUCAGCUCACGUUUGACGACUAUGGCUCCAGCAAUGCCAGCGUCCCUACACCCGAUUUAUUUCACCCCAUUCCGAGACACAUCCCAUACAUGGGACCCGGGAAUUUUGCAUCUGAAAACCUGUCAGAAUCGAUAUCGACGUUCGAACAAAUGGAGACUCCACAAGAGAAUAACUUGUCUGAAAGCAGUGGACGUUUGAUGCAAGAGCCAGACUGGGCGAAUGACACAUUAGCCUUUCAGUCUCUGCUCCAAGAAGGGAAUACUCCUGGCACAGCCUCUCCAGUUACUGUGGCCGAAAACCAUACACCAAACACCCUUGAUGGGGUGUAUGAUAGUAGUUCAGUGUCCCCAUGGCCUAUGCCGAAGAUCCCAGGACGACAUUUGGGUGUACAGCAGCCCAGCACGACUCAAAACGAUCACGAAGUUGCGUGGAAUGGACCACAGGUUUAUUCCGAUAUCGAUACGCAACAGGAACAAUUUUGCCAGUUCACUGAGACAAGUGACGAUAUCAAUGGCUUGCCCUACAUAGGACCCGGCUUCGAAACCUUUGCCCAGUCCUCAUCAUCCUUCGAUACUUGCGUACCGACAUUUCCCAAUUUCUACCAGCACGGCGACGCAACUUCACUCCAAAAUUUCAACGAGAUACCACAUUCGAACAGUUAUACCUCAUGUCAAAACGGGCUUCCGCAAAUCAACUCGGCUGGCUCAUUCUUCAACACUUUCGGGCAGAUCUCCUCCUACCAACCAAGUUACACCGAACGCAUUAACACCUGGACAAAUGAUGCCCGAAAUGCCCUCCUUAUCGAAUACAAGCGCCGUGGGCUCUCAUACCGGGACAUCAAGAAGAUCGGCGGAUUCAGAGAGGCCGAGUCAACGCUCCGUGGCAGGUAUCGGACUUUGACAAAAUCCAAGGACCAGCGCGUACGAAGGCCCCAUUGGCAAGAUGACGACGUCAGGCUUCUGCGCGAAGCUGUCAACCUAUACACGGAACUCGACAGACGCAGCAUCUGCACUUCGGCGUGUCGUUCAAGGCGCCCAGACCCAGAGCCCAAGAUACCUUGGAAGAAGGUUGCUCAGUAUAUAUCAGCUCACGGAGGGUCGUAUCAUUUCGGCAAUUCCACCUGCAAGAAGAAAUGGGGUGAAGUGCAAAGUACGCUCGAGGACGAUCAUGCAGCUCCAACGGACGCUGUUGUUUUCUCAUAA